AUGAGGAAGCCAGCAGAUUCAAUGGUGAAUUACAAGAACAAGGGCAAAGUUAGGAAGGGUUUAUGGUCACCGGAAGAAGAUGACAAGCUGAAGAAUUACAUGUUAAGAAAUGGACAAGGGUGUUGGAGUGACAUAGCUAGAAAUGCAGGCUUGCAGAGAUGUGGUAAAAGUUGUCGUCUUCGUUGGAUUAAUUAUUUGAGACCUGACCUUAAGCGAGGUGCAAUUUCCCCACAAGAAGAAGAGCUAAUCCUUCAUCUGCAUUCCAUUCUUGGCAAUAGGUGGUCUCUAAUUGCCGCACGUCUUCCGGGGAGAACAGACAACGAAAUCAAGAAUUUUUGGAAUUCUACCAUAAAGAAGAGGUUGAAAAAUAAGAAUUUCACUUCAACAUCAUCCUCUCCAAACAAAUGCAGGACUGUCUCAAUAUGGGACGCAGUUACAGGAGGAAUGAUAAUGCCCAUGCACGAGUACUCGUACAACGUUGUAAACACAUGCAUGGAUUCAUCUUCUUCGAGUAGUCAUUUCAACCCUUUUCCACCAGUCGACAACGGUUUCGACACAAAUGGUUCAUUAAAUAUUCCGAAAUAUGUGACACAAGUUGGUAAUACAGCAGGAAAUCAAGGGGGAUUAGGGGAUUAUGGAGUGAUGUGUGUUCCUGCUGCAUUAGAGGGUUUCGGGGUUGACAAUGUUAAUAAUGGUGUCGUGAGUAGUGAUUAUGUCUUUGACCAGAAAAAUGUCAUUUAUAAUAAUAAUAACUUGAAUAAUACUGAAAGCGUGAAAUUAGAGGAUAUGGUUGGGUUUGGAAAUGAUUGGCAAGGAGAAAACUUCAAAUUUGGAGAAUUGGAUUGGGAGGGUUUGUUGGCUAAUGUUUCCUCUUUACCUUAUCUUGAUUUCCAAGUUCAAUAA